AUGCUUGCUUGCUUGCACUGCCCUGCCUCCUACGCCUUCAUGCCAUGCCGUGUGCUCUGCGUGUGUGCCCUCCAUGUGUGCUGCGCUGCGCGUGUGUGCUCGCUGCACGUGCUGCUCUGCCUGCCUGCAUCCAUCAGUGACUUCGUGACAUCGGUGCGGUGGGUAGCACCCAACGCGCUGCUGGUGGAGGGGGAGGCGGAGGAUGAGGACUUUGGGGAGCCCACGCGCUCGCUCUUCUGCCUCUCCUCAUUACACGGCAACCUGCACGAGGUAUGCUCUCUGCUGCACGGCAACCUGCACGAGGUAUGCUCUCUGCUGCACGGCAACCUGCACGAGGUAUGCUCUCUGCUGCACGGCAACCUGCACGAGGUAUGCUCUCUGCUGCACGGCAACCUGCACGAGGUAUGCUCUCUGCUGCACGGCAACCUGCACGAGGUAUGCUCUCUGCUGCACGGCAACUUGCACGAGGUAUGCUCUCUGCUGCACGGCAACCUGCACGAGGUAUGCUCUCUGCUGCAUGGCAACCUGCACGAGGUAUGCUCUCUGCUGCACGGCAACCUGCAUGAGGUAUGCUCUCUGCUGCACGGCAACCUGCAUGAGGUGCGCCCUGCCCUCUGCACAGUGUGCCAAGACCGCUGCAUCUUUCCACUCCUUCCCUCGCCCUGCUGCUUGAAGCAUGUUCCUUCUGUGCUGGCCCAUCACCCCGCGCUCUCACCCCUUACCUCCCGUGCUGGCUCCACCCACCCCACCCCACCCACCCCGCCUGUGUGGGCCGGGCAGGAGGCGAGCAGCAAGCAGGUGCGCCAGCUGGAGGGGGCGUUUGCCGGCGUGGAGGACGUGCCAGGUGGCGGCAUGCUAUUGGCCACGCUGCAGCAGUGGUGCGUGCCGUGCCUCUCCUCCUCAACAGCCCACUGUUGCAUUGCAUGCCCUCCGUCCCCUUGCGCAUGCCCUCCGUCCCCUUGCGCAUGCCCUCCGUCCCCUUGCGCAUGCCCUCCGUCCCCUUGCGCAAGCCCUCCGCAGGUGGCGGUGGCGGUAUGUCAGCGCAGCAGGGACUACCAUGUCAACGUGCUCGGAUGGUUCCCCGCACCUUCCUCCUCUGCUGCGAGCAAGGAGGAGGAGCAGCAGGAGGGCGGGGGGUGGAGCAAGGCGCGGGUGUGUGAGAUUGCCAACGAUCGAUGGCUGGCGUGCAUUCAGAAGCAGGGUGAGGGGAUGGGUGAAGGGAAUAUUCAAUAUGGUGACGACAACCAGGUGGUGGGGGCAGGGCGGCAGGGAGCCCAUGGAUGGACACGCCCUUCACCUCAUGUGCAUCCUGCCCUCUACUUCCCGCCCUUCACCCCCUCGACGCCCCUCACCACAGAGAGCGGCGACGACAACCAGGUGGUGGGGGCAGCAAUGGACGUGUGCUCUGCAUGGGCCGCAGUGAGCCCCAUGGACCCUCGGGACGACGACACCCACAUGAGCGGGGACGACAACCAGGUGGUGGGGGCAGCAAUGGAUUUGUGCUCAGCAUGGGCCGCAGUGAGCCCAAUGGACCCUCGGGACGACGACACGCCUCUGCCCGCCAUGCCCCUGCUGCUCGCUGUCACGCUCGACUGCUGCUUCUACGCCUUCUCCCUCACGCGUCUCGACAAGCUAGAAGGCCCGUCCCUCGUCCACCCCCCUCUCCCCCUCCCGCCUCCCCUCGCCUCCCUCCCCCUGCACGCGCCCCCAUCGCCCCCCACCGCCUCCCUCCAGAGCCGCGCCUCUAGCCCCCCCGCCACUCCCCCCCCUACCUCCCGCCCCACACUCCCCCCUUCCCGCCUCCAGCCGGGGGUUGUGGCAGCCCAGGGGGGAGGGAAGAGGGAGGGGGAGGACGAGGAUGAGGACACGGCUAGCAGCCCGUCUCCGCCGCCCGGUGAUGCAGCUGGGGAAGGCGUGGGGGGAGCGGGGGGAGCGGGGGGGGUGGGGCAGGGGGCGGCAGCAGUGAAGGUGUCCCCCACAGGGGGAGCAGCAGCGUCCUCUCUCAAGCCAGGCGCCCCACAGCCCUUUCUGCAGCGCCUCAUGCAUCCCUCCCCCGCCGCUGCUGCCCCAGCUGCCGCUGCUGCCCCAGCUGCCGCUGUGGCCGCCUCUGCUGCUGCUGCUGCUGCUGCCUCUGCUGCCGCCCCUUCGUUCUCCCCACCUUCCUCCUCCCCUUCUCCUUUCUCCUCUGCAUUCCCUGCCUUUGGUUCUGCCCCUGCCUUUGGUUCGGCCCCGGCCUUUGGUUCAGGUUCGGCCCCUGCCUUUGGCUCUGGUUCGGCCCCUGCCUUUGGCUCUGCCCCUGCCUUUGGUUCUGCUCCUGCCUUUGGCUCUGCCCCUGCCUUUGGUUCUGCUCCUGCCUUUGGCGCUGCCUCCCCCUUCGGCACUGCCUCUUCUCCCUUUGCCCCCAAGUCCCCAACCCCAGCCUCCCCCUUCACCAUGCCAUCUGCAAAGCCUGCCGAAACUCCCACUGCUGCUGCUCCCUCUGCAGCCGCUGCAGCCUCUCCCCCCGCGUCCUCCCCAUUCCCCCUCGCCCCUGCGCCCUCCUCCACUCUCUUCGCCCCCUUCUCCCGCCCCCCUGACUCCUCCAAGCCCCUCUCCCCCUUCCCCUUCCCCUCCUCCACCUCCAAACCUGCCUCCCCCUUCCCCUUCCCCGCUGCCCCUGCUGCUAAAGAUUCCCCCCCAGCUGCCCCUUCCGCCUUCCCCCCAUUCGCGUCCCCCACCUCCGCAUCCCCCUUUCCCCCCCCCGCCUCCUCCUCCUCGCCGUUCGGCCCGUUCGGCUCUAAAAACGCUCCUCUGCAGGGCCUUCCUUUUAACGCAUCUGCUGCUGCUGCUGCCCCUGCUGCUGCCACUCGUGCUGGUAGUGCUGGUUCUGCUGCUGGUGCUGCUGCUGUGGCGGCAGCAGCAGGAGCGGCAGCAGCAGGGUCUCUGGCUGACAGGCGCCUGCCUGCUAAAGGAGCGUUUGUGGUGGGGAAGACAGGGAGGGAGGCAGAGGAGGAGGAAGAGGAAGAGGAGGGAGAAUACGAGGAAGGGGAGGAGGAGUAUGAGGGGGAGGAAGGAGAGGAAGAGUAUGAGGAAGGGGAGGAGGAGCAGGGGUAUGAGGAGGAAGAGGGGGAGGAGUAUGAGGAGUAUGAGGAGGAGGAAGAAGGGGAGGUGUAUGAACCAGAAGAGGCAGCGCGGCCAGCGAUUUCCAAGCCAGAAGCAGUCUUCCCACACCCCUCCACACUCCUCCCCACCGCUCUCUCCCCCGACCAGCGCCGCUCGUUGCUCCCCAAACGCUCUCCCGCGCAAUCCUCCCACCCAGCAGCAGCGGCAGCAGGCGGGGUGAUAGAGGCGCUGAUAGCAGCCAUGGGGGAGAUGAGGGGGAUGAGCGCGGAGGUGCAGGGGGCUGUGGAGGGGGGGGCGCUGGGGGAGCGGUUGAAGGAGGUGGAGGGGCGCGUGAGGGAGAUGGGGGGUGCUGUGAAAGGGUUUAAGAGCGGUGUGGAGGAGUUGAGAGGGGUGGUGGAGGAGCUGAGGGAUGGGAAUUUGAUGGCGGAGGACAGGGUGGUGCGGGCGUCCCACUGGGUGCGCCUGCUCUCCACCCCCUCCCUCGCCUCGCUGCAUGCUGACCAGCCACUGCCGCCAUCGCUGGAGCAGCAGCGCCAACGCGUGCUCACUCUUAGACAGGAGGUGCGGGUACGACUGGCAGAGCUGCAGCAGAUGGCGCAGGAGGAGGAGGCACGGCGCCGGCAGGAGCAGAGGGAGCGGGAGCGACAGGAGAGAGAGCAGAGGGCCAGGGCUAGUCGGAGGGCGCACAGGGGAGUGUGGCAGGGGCAAGGUGUGGGGUACGGUGGGGGGUACGGGGCUGAGGAGGAGUUUUCAUCGCUCACCGAUCGGUUUGGUGGGCUCAACAUGGCCGCUGCUGCUGGUCGCCACGGUGCCUCUUUCCCUGCGCCCCUACGGUUGCUGCUGUUCCUCCUCCAGUCCACUCCAUCUCCGCAUCACCUCUUCAUCCAACUCUCAUGCCGUCUUCCGUUCCUCCUGUUCUUUAUUCUCUUCCUCUUCCCCUUCCUCAUGACUAUCCUUCCCCUAAUCUUUCCUCCCUCCAAUCAUCACCCUCCCUUCCCCUCUGCCCCUUCCCUGCAACUCCUCUGCAGCACUUCCCCGGCUCUCCCACUGCAUCUCCUCUCGUCGCCCUCCCGCUCCUCCCCCACUCCAAAGCGCCCCCUCCCGGGCCUCUCCUCUUUGGGCGGCCAUGCCCCCCUCCCUUCAGGCCGUGCGGAAGCACCCGCAGCAACAGCAGGAGCAGAACCAGCACGAGCGGCUGCCACGCGCUCACCUGCAGCACCCAGAAUGAAGCUGAGGCCGAAAGCCAGAGCUAACAGGGAUAUAGAGACACACACACCAGCUGCAGCUCCAUCCAAGCCCAUCUCCCCCACCCUAUCUGCUUCUGCGUCUGCCUCUCUCUCCCCUCCCGCUCGCUCUCCCUCCCCACCUGCCCGCACCGCAUCCCCUGCCCCUGCCGGCACCUCCCGCUCCCGCUCCCCUUCCCCCACCCCCGCUGCUGUCUCCUCUCCCUCCCCCUUCCCGCCUGCCUCGACUGCUGCAACUGCCGCUGCAGCUGGGAAGAAGCCAGCAGCAACAGCAGCAGGCGUGGCAAGGGGGGCAGGAGGAGCAGGAGGGGCAAGUGCUGCUGGUGCUGGCAGUGUGGCCAGUGCUGCUUCUCUCUUCUCGACGGCAUCCAAGCCCACCGUGUCCCCGUUCCCGUCCCUCUUCAGCCCCACACCCAUGUCCUCACAUACACAGCCAACAACAGCAGCAGCAACGGCAGCGGCAGCAACAGGAGGGGCAGCAUCAGCAGCCUCUACUCUCUCCGCUCCGUCCCUCUCAGCUGCCCCCAAGCCACCCUCCUCCUCUCCCUUUGGCUUUGCUUCCUCCUCACAAUCCACCUCCUCGUUCUCCUCUCCCUUCUCCUCCCCCUCCUCCCCGUCGCCCUUCACUGCACCAGCCACCAAGCCAUCCCCCUUCACCACCAGUGCAACCGCCUCCCCGUUCUCUUCCACUCCCUUCUCCACCUCCCCUUUCUCGUCCUCUCCCUCACCAUUCUCCUCCACCUCCCCAUUUUCUUCCGCCUCGCCGUUCUCCCAGGCCACCAACCCCUUCCAGCUCCCCAAACAGGCCCCCAAGCCACCCACUGCCACACCCCCUGCCACUGCUUCUACUGCUGCUGCCGCCACCAGUGCUGCCAGCACAGGCACAGCCGCAGCAGCAUCAGAAACCGCUGCCUCUGCUGCGGCCGCUGCUGCUAAGCCGAGUGCAAAUGCCACAACUGCAGCCCCCUCAGCAGCAUCUUCUGCUGCUGCAGCACCCUCCCCCACCCCGUCCUCUCCCCUGUCUGGCUUCUCCUCUGCUCUCCCUUCCUUCUCCUCCCCGUUCUCCUCCGCCCCUGCACCUGCCUCCCGCCCUCCGCUCUUCUCCACCACCACGCCACUCUUCUCCUCCAAGCCGCUCACCCCUCCUUCCACUACUGCUCCUGUCGCUGUCACCCCCACUUCUGCUUCUGCUGCUACUCCAUCCACCACCUUGUCAUCCACUUCAUCCCCAGCAGCCACCACACCACCAGCGGCAGCCACAGCUUCUGCUGCUGCCCCAGCCGCUGCCUUCCCAUCCUUCACCUCUCCCUUCGCCUCCCAGUCAUCUCCCUUUGCCCCCACCUCCCCCGCCCCUGCCUUGCCCACCGCCCCUCUCUCCACUCCCCCUGUCGCCUCCUCCCCCUUCCAGCCGCCCAGGUCCCCUUCCCCUCAGCCUGCGCCCAUGGCAGCAGGGGGAGAAGGGGGGGACGAUGAGGGGAUGGAGGAGGAGCAAGGAGCGGCCACGGCGCCACCCACCGCUGCUGCAGGCGCCUUUGCCUCGCUGGGCUUUGGCUCCUCUGCUCCCCGCCCUUCCACCACCCCCGCCAACCCCUUUGGAGGCUCUCCCUUCGGCGCCCCUGCCUUCGCCUCCCCCACCUCUGCCUCUGCCUUCUCGCCGGCCUCCCAGCCUGCCUUUGGCGCCAGCAGCACCUCUCCGAAUCUCUUUGCACCGGCCUCCUUCGCCCUCCCUGCCGCUUCAUCCUCCUCUCCUGCCUCCUCCUCCCCAUUCGGUGCUCCCUCUUCUCUCAGCACCCCCUCUCCCGCCGCCCCUCGCCCCUUUGGCUCAACUGCUGGUCCAUUUGCCUUCCCUGCCUCCCCCUCCUCCCCCUUCGGAGCUGCUGCUGCCCCUGCUGCUGCCCAGACCUCGCCCAGCUCAGGGUCAGGCUUCGCUCUGGGCGCGUUCGGGCAGACGCGAAACAUAUCAGGUGCCCCUGCUUUUGGGGCUGCUGCCCAGUUAUCUGCGGCAGCACCAGCUGUGUCUCCAUUCGCUGGGUUGACGACAGGUGGCGGCUUUGCUGGUGCCGCCCAGGGAGGAGGAGGUUUUGGGGCGUUUGCCAACAAGCCUGCAGCGCUGGCCUCCCGCCCUUUCACGCCCGCCUCCCCUGCCUCUGCUGGCCCUCCUGGGCUCUUCGCCAUGCGCAAGUGA